AUGCCGACGGUCGUCGAGAGGUUCAUGGACUGGACGGUGUCAUGUCUGCCGAUGUACGGAGAGGUGAAGCUGCUGCUCGUCAUCUACCUUUGGCACCGCAACACACGGGGUGCGGGGCACAUGUAUGAUUGCUUCCUCCAUCCGCUGGUGGCGUGGCACGAGGCCGACAUCGACCGGGGCCUUCUUGAUCUAAGGGCUAGGGAGAGGGACGUGACAGCAUCACAACUCAAGGCGGCGACUGCCAUCGGUCAAGUGUUUCGUCACAGCUACAGGCCACGAGAUCAGGCCGGGAAGGCGCCACGCAUUGACGAGUGA